GUCCCUCAGUCUGUCUCCAGUCUGUCCUCCUCUGCGGCUCCAGUCCAGCAGGGUGUGUGUCACUGUGGGAACCUUCUGCAGGAAUCCAGAUCUGGUUGCCAUAGAAACUGGGAUUCUACAAUAGCAACACUGUGUGUGUGUGUGUGUGUGUGUGUGUGUGUGUGUGUGUGUGUGUGUGUGUGUGUGUGUGUGUGUGUUCUGCAGUAUUUUAUUUUUAACUCCAGCAGCUCAGUGAUCAGGUUGACUCUCCAUCAGUCCGGCGGCUCCGGCGCUUUGUGACAUCACCAGGUGAUCCAUGACCUGCGUUGUCCAGGUGACCUCCAGGUCCUGAUUGGAUCCUGAUCCUCCUUCCAGCUGAUUGGAUCUGGACCAGAACUUUCCCUCCAGGGUUCCACAUCCCGGCUGAAAUCUGACUCCCAGAACCUCUGCUGGCGCUGCCGGCUCCAGGUUCUGGUUCUGGUUCUGGUUCUGCCACCGGACUCCUGGGUCCACAGCAGGUGUUUAACUCCUCAGUUCUUCAGGCUGCGUAUCAGAACCCGGGUCAGAACCAGAACUGGGUCCAGGAAGACCUGAGUCUGGCCCCACGCUGCUCUYUGCUUCACCUGGAGGUCCAGCUUCAAACGGGACAGACGAUCCGAUUGGUCGCGUGYCGGUGGUCAGGUGUUUCUGCUGCUGCCUGCGCCGCCCCCUGCUGGACGCAGAGGGAGCUGCAGCUGAAACUGCAGUUCUGAGUUCUGGUUCUGAAUGUUUCCGUGCCUGGACCAGAAGUCUUCGGCAGGCACCAGGAAGUGAGUGUUGCUAUGGAGACAGUAAGGCUGCUUCCUGAUCAGCUCAGAUCUGACUGAGCUCUAAGGGUUAAUUAGGGCUGGGAGGAAGAGGAGGAGGAAGAGGAGGAAGAGUCGCGCAGCGGCUCCGUCAGUCGGUCGGAACCAGCUGAGGAAGAGGAGGAAGCCGCUUCUUCAGCUGCGGUCAUGUGACUUCAGAGAGGAUGUCUAGUCUUGAGCGAGCUUCCAGUGGACGGCAGGUGUAGGAGAGGCAAAGGAUCAUGGGAGAUGGAGCGCCCUUGCAGACGGAGGGGAACGCUCUCCUCAAAGCUGUGUUCCAGGGAAAGCUGCGCCUAGCCCGGCUGCUGCUGGAGGGCGGAGCCUACAUCAAUGAAGGCAAUGAACGAGGAGAGACACCCAUCUCUGCCGCCUGCCUGGGGAGCUAUGACGACCCGCAGACCCGCCAGAGGAUGGUCCGCUACCUGCUGGAGAAAGGCGCUGACCCCAACAUCCCAGACAAGAGCGGCCGCACGGCGCUGAUGCAUGCCUGCGCCGAGCGGGCAGGGCGAGAGGUGGUGACCCUGCUGCUGGAGAACGGGGCAGACCCCAGCCUSAGAGACUAUGCCGGUGCCUCCGCCCUGGUCCACGCCAUCAACAGGGGAGACCGCGACACGCUGCAGGUGCUGCUGGAUGCCUGCAAGGCCAAGGGCAAGGAGGUGAUCAUUAUCACCACUGACACAUCUCCAUCGGGCACCAAGAAGACCAAGCAGUACCUGAACUCGCCACCCUCGCCUGGCAUCGUGGACAAAUUAUCCCCUGCUUGCAUGUCUCCUUCAGAAGUGGAGAUCGGCACUGCGUCACCUGCAGGGGACAGGACCAAUGGCAAGGAGGGCAUCUUCAGCUUCACGCUCACCUCGGCCUUACCACUGCCUUCGGCUCGGCCUCCAGGUGAGAAGCGGCCCCCCCCUCGGAAGCUUCUGAAGAGGCUGAACUCAGAGCCCUGGGGCCUGGUGGCACCCUCAGUGCUGAGUGGAGUUCCUCCAGACCGGCUGGACCCGGGUCUGGAGGAAGAGGGCAGUAGCGACCUGAGCAGAGCCACCGCCGAGAUGAACGGCCUAUCUAUCUCGGAGCCGGUCCAGAAUCGGCUGUCAAGACGACACAGCAUCGAGACGCACGACCCCUGCUCUCCCAAACCCAUCGACCGGUCCUGCUCUGAGGACUGCACUGGCCUCUCUGCCACGUCCUGGGCCGACAAGGUGCAGCAGCACCAGAUCCUGUACCGGAGAAACACCGCCCCUGAGCCCCAGGAGAACGCCGGGGGGCCCGGGGCUAUCCGGCUUCUGGUGCACCCUAAACUGAGCCGCAUGGAGCACUACGAGUCUGACACUCAUCUUUGUCCAGAGUCCAUCCCUGGAUCGCCGGACUCUGGKCGGGUGUCAGUGGAACGGCGACGGUAUAAUGCCUCCCCAUUGUCCCUGGUGACCAGCUCAUCCAGGGAGUCUCUUGAGAACAUCCCCAACUCGGUGUCACCCAUCACCGUGCGCCGUCGGCCCCCAGGUCUGCUGGAGCGCCGUGGGUCCGGGACGCUGCUGCUGGACCACAUCUCCCACACUAGACCCGGCUUCCUGCCUCCUCUCAACAUCAACCCCCACAGACCCAUUCCUGACAUUCGCGCCAAUGGAAAACCCACCUCCCCCGUUCACAGCGGACACAAGAUCCUGGUCCCCAUGGCCCCGAUAUCUCCCAAGCGGGGCCCCGAAUUCAAGAUGAAGAAGAAGUUGAUGAGGAGGCACUCCAUGCAGACAGAGCAGAUGAAGCAGCUCUCCACCUUCCAGGAGAUCCUGGCUGAGAAGGUGGUUGAGUCCAAUGGGGACUGAUGACAGGAGGSAACAAAGCAUGAUGGGUAGCUGCUGAGUCCUAGCUGACACCAGGUCCUGGUGACUGAGGUGAGCUUUGUUUGACACCAUCUGACUGGAUCAGUUCUGUUCACUGAGGUUUGGGCCGAAGUGACGGUUCUGAUCCAAUGGGAUGUUCCCUGCGGCUGUCAGAGUGGUACCAGUUUGGAGAAUCAGAACUUUUCCCCAUCUAAAACAUCAACUUGGAGGUGCGUUUGAUUCAGAGAUGGUCCUGUAUGACGACAUGKUGGUGCUGGGCACUCGACAACCAGGCGGAUCCUGAACCUCCAGGUGGGUCACAGGGAAGAGGAGGUUCUGAUUGGAGCCACACAGUGGCCCCUACAGGACCAGAACCUUUCAGACCAAACCCUCUAAGAUCCAGCCAGUGGCCAACCCUGGGUUCUGGUGGCAUCUCUGCUGAGGUGUGGGGUGAGAGGUAGGGAUGGUCCUCUAAAGACACACCACCCAAAGCAUGGAGAACUGAAUGAACCUCCUCUCAUCACUGUAUUCUGGAUCAGAACCGGUCCUGUAAUGUAACCGGGUCGAUUUCUCUGAUGUGGAUGAUCUUCAGGACCUCCCCUACCAGGAUCAGCGCCUGCGUGGCUGCAGGGAAGGUACUGAACUGCUCAGAACCAGAACUCUGGUCCAGGUUUUCUGCAGAUCUCAGCAAGAACCUGAGGAGUGUCUGAUGCAGGCGAGGUGAACCCUGACCCCUGAGGACCAGAGGCACUUCUGGCACAGAACCAAACUCUACAAGAACUUUUUCUUUAACAACCUCAAACCAAGACAGAGCAACUAAACCCCAAAAUCAACUUGAUUUUGCUGAUAAACUCUCUAUAACCGGUUCUUAAGAUUUCUGUCUUUAUUUUUAUGCAAACUUGUUUAAUUCUGCAUUAUUUCUGUCUAAAGCAGUCAGUGCUGCCCUCACUAGGUUGAAGGGUGGCUACUGCAGCUGAUUUUUCCUGUUGAUUCCAGCUUUACGUCACUCAGCUGACAUCACCCUCAUCCACACGUGGCUCCGCCCACUUUGGUGGUAUUUUCAUAAUUUGUCAGGGGGCGGGGCUUUGCUGUCUGUUAGUUACAUUUUAAAUUUGCCUGAAGGUGGCGCUUUUGUCCUGCUGAGCUUCACGAACUGAAUGAUGCUGAUGUGCAGACUGCCCCCUGGUGGUCACAGCAGCGACAGCAACAGGCCUGCAGGUUCAUGGAUCUGUCAGUUUUCAUCUGCAGCUCGGUAAAUUAAAACUAAAUCUCUUAUUUUAAUGAUUCAACUGAAAAAAUUUACUUAUUUUACAGACUUAUUCCAGAUUGAUAUCAAAUAAUCUAUGUUUGAAGUGUUUCAGUUAAUGUAGAUGUUCUGCUUUAGUUGAAACCUGAAAUUCAAGUUCUGAGAAAAUCAGAUCAGACCAAUAAAGAAAUAUUCUGAAAUGGAUGGAAAACUGAGUGGAAGGAAAAAGUGUGAGGACCAAAUCCUACGAGGUUUUAGAGACGUUUUCUGAUUGGCUGUCCCUGCAGGACUUGGUACCAGUUCUGAUCGCUGUGGUUCUGUAAAUGUUUGGUGCAACUGAUUCUCCUCCAUGUUCUCUGAAGAGGAACAUGGAGGAUGAGGGACAGGAAGCUGCUCUUCCUCACUCCUCCAAUCUCUGGAGGACAACCUGAUGCACCGAGGUUCUGAUGAACAGAACCCGGUUCUUCCACAYCAACGAUUAGAAAAUAAAACGCUGAUUUCUGGGUCGGGUCAGAAACUUGCUGAGACACAAACCGUGAAACUAAAGACGUUUAUUGGAGAUUAAAAUAUUCCUUUAGACAGGAAGUGACAUCAUAGUUACAAAUCACCACUCAAAAACAGUCAUCACUUAAGUGACCAAUGAAAUCUGCUCAACUGAACUAAGCUCCGCCCACACACGAUUCUGCAGGAACUGGAUCAGAUUUUCAAAAUAAAGCUUCAGCUCGCAUCCGGUGUUGGCGUCUAGUAGCUUACACAGAUAGGCACGUAAGAGGAGAUGGCUCACUCUGAUCAUAAAGUCCUCAGAUGCACCAGUGGAUAAAGUGCAAAGAUCAGUGAAAGCGGGAUGUAUUACUAUGGAUCAAAAUAAUAUAGUGUGAUCUAAAAUAAAGAUAUGCGUUUGGGCAGAUGACUUAC